UUAUUUUUCGCAGCUUCUUUACAGGAAGGCCUUGCAUAUGUAAAAGCCUUCUUCGUCGGUCAGACGAAGAGGAUAAAGGCGAGAAAUGAGGAGGAAGCAACCGCGGCGGAGCUUGAGACUGACAAGAUGCAGGUAGAGGCUACUAACGAUGCAGAAGAGACCAAAACCAAACUCAUUAAAUCAUCGUAAAUUCUCGACACUGUGCAGCCAGGAUUAAACAAGCGGGGAACAAAAACCAAAUGAAGUAGCACAAAAAUGGAACAUUGUAAACAGUUCGUGAUCUCUCCAUUAGUGAAGUUCUUUUUGUUGAAUUUGGUCUACUGCUCAAACAUAGCACUAGUUAAUUUUCAUUUUAAUUCUCUUAUGAAGUUGAACCAGAGGAUUGUGGGCUUUCAAAGCGUAUAUAGUCAUACAUGAUCCCUUCGAGGGGACCAGUGGCACUA